UUUCGGGCCGGACUUCGUCUUUUCGACUUGAAGCAUGGAUAGCAAUCCAAGAAUAACAUCACUGGCAUCUCGACUUGUUGAGCCCAACCAUUCAGAUCGAUCUAAACACGAGGAGGAUGCAGACUACGACGACGACGACGCUUUGUUCGCAGAGCUGGAAGAAGAGAUAGAGAACGACAACAGCUCUGCAAUGAGAGAGCAAGGACUUGAGACGCUCAGGAGGGAAAUGGCACGAAUGCGGGAAAUGAAGCAGAGUCAAUACGGGACGUACAACGAAAUAUCAGAUGAAAAGGAAGUGGUGCGGGUAACAGCACACGAACCAAGAUGUGUCGUACAUUUCUAUCACCCCAACUUCAAACGAUGCGAAAUCAUGGACAAGCAGCUUGCUAAAAUUGCCCCAAAAUACUUCAACACAAGAUUCUUCCGCGUCUUUGUAGAAAACAUCCCUUGGCUGGUCGAGAAACUCUCAAUCAAGGUUCUACCUUGCGUGAUCUGCUUUGUAAAGGGCGUUACCAAAGAUCGGAUAAUUGGCUUCGAGGAACUUGGGAAUAAUGAUGCUUUCACGACAGCAGCACUGGAGUUGAGACUGUCCGUUUGCGGUGUGAUACAAAAGCCCACUGGAAAUGUACUGGACCCAAUCUACUCAGUGUCUAAUAAAGGUCGUCGCGAAGAGGAUGAUAACGGUGAUGUUUUCGAUUUGGAUGACUAGAUCCAGAUAAUCCCGAAAUCACUGAGUAAGGCUGAAUCCUAUCAUCGAGUCGAUGUACUGUCAUAUUCUUCUUUAUAUCCAAUCUAGUCAAGGAUUUCGAACUUUGCCAUGAAACUUUAAACUUGAGAGAGAAUCAGAUGUGUGGCUUCUUUUCUUGUUACUUACUUGUAUCAGUACAAAGUCGACGGACGUGUGCCCUGCUCUUGUUCCAAAAGAGGAAAUCAUCCUACCGUUUUUGGUAUAGCAAAUUUUAGCAACAAGAUUCACCAAUAACGCUC